CUCCCAAUCAUAUAAUAUAGUUAAAGAGAUAUAGCUAAAAUAAUCUGUUAGAGGAGUGUUUCCCUUGAGGAAAAGGAACUCUGGAUGGGUGAGGCUCACUGCUGUACGGGAUCCUCCCAUCUUCCUCUCUGGGAUAAGCGGCUGGGAGCUGCGUGGGAGAGUUUCCGCUUCUCAGGCUUUCAUUCCAUCUUCCUCCCUACGUCCAUGUACUCGGCCGAGAGCAGCCAUCCCUCUCGCCGCCUUCCCCGGAGGCUCCGGCAGGUCUGAGGAGGGUUUCGGGCGGAGGGGAAGCAGAUUUUUUCUUCCAAAAUGACUUUAGAAGUUCUGGUUUUGUGUUUGGCAUAUUCUGGGCUUGGAAAGGCAAAUGUGGUUCCACAGGCUGGAUACACAGAAGUGAGGAUGGGUAAAAAUGCGACUCUGAGAUGUGCCCUGACGGAGCCCAAGGAGGUUUUGCAAGUGACAUGGCAAAAGGAGUCAGAAGAAUCGAAUGAAAAUAUAGCUACAUACAGUAUAGCAAACGGAUUAAAGAUUCACGAGCCCUAUAAAGACAGAAUGAAUUUCACAAGUUUGGAACUCAACGAGACAAGCAUAACCUUUUGGGACAGUAGAAUGGAUGAUUCAGGACGUUACAAGUGUCUCUUCAAUGUUUUCCCUGACGGCUCCUAUUCAGGAAGUAUCUCCCUGAGUGUUUUUGGUCUCAAUGCAUCUGUCCAUCACGAAAGUUCUGAAGAUCGUUUCAUAGUCACCUGUAAUGCUCAUGGCCUCCCAGAGCCCACCAUCACCUGGAACAACCUGUUCAAUUCUACUCCUACAGAGGAGACAGUCAAACACAAAAAUGGGAUUGUGUCCAUCACCAGCAGACUGGAAAUCUACAACAUUCAGAGCAUCAGUGCACGGGAUUUGACCUGCAGAGUAAGCAACACAAAUGAAACAGUUGAAUUGCCUGUGAAAAUAAAAGGAGAAGAGGGAUCAUCUUUGCUUUGGCCGGUGAUUAUUGCAGUGCCUCUAGUAAUCGUCAUGGUUAUCGUAGUUCUGAUUGUGAUGUUCCGGAGGAUGAUCCCAUGCAGGAGGAGUUGAAGUGGAUCCUUGAGGAUUUUCAUCCAUCUACCAGAUCAUUAGAAGCCAGCAGCCUGAAGUCAACAUUACCCAUAGCGCCUUGACUGACUGGAAAGAAGCAGCUAAAAAAGAAGAAGACAUCAUAUACACAGCCCUAUCUGAGCUGAGAUGAUCACUGAAAUGACUAACACAACAUUUGUUGUCUGGUCUAGGCCCUUAAAAUGCAGGACUGGAGGGACCACUUGGUCUGCUGCUCUGCAAAGGAGGAGACUUUGUCAGACAAAACCUUCUUUGCCCAUGCCACUCUUGGCACUGCUGCUGGACAGAACGUAUUUGUCUUCUUCCAGCUGAGUUUGAAAAGUGUCCAUGGAUAGAAGCUCUGCAGACUCUCUUCCAGUGCCCGAUUGUUCUUGCAGUAAAGAGGGAUUUAAUUUUUUCCAAUAUCUGUCUGCAAUUCCACUUGAAGCAACUCUGAGAGUUCAUCGCUCUCUUCCUGUCCUCUGGCUUUUCUUCUCUUAUCCAACUGUUCCAACUCCUUUUUCUCUGUCUGGAAAGACCUGCUGGACUCAAAAUCAUAGGACUCAAACCACACAGGAUUUGCCAGAAUUAUUGGGGAAGAGCAAUAGGUCUCCAAGCAGGUGGCUACAUAACGGCAGUAGCAGCCACAGUUUGGAAGGAAGAAUUGUAAGUAAUUUGUAUAAUAUAUAAGUUACUUACUUUAUUUGACUUCUUUCUAAUCCUAGAAUGUUUUCUUCUGUAUUUUCUGGGGUUUUUAGGGAUGUUUGUGAUGAUAAAUAUAUGAGUGAGGAAGAGAUGGUAACAAAGGCCAGUAUUGGGGGCAUCGUCUUAUCCAUCUUUCCUUUCUGUUAAUACCCUGUCCUACUCCUUGCUGAGCUAUUAAAAGGCAUGGAUUUCAUAAAUAGUUUUUGUGCUCAUCUUAGGCAGUGGGCAGAGUAGUCUUUCCUGUCUUCAUCCAUUUUUAUCGUGAUACAUCACUUAUCUGGCCAAAAGCCAUUAUUCCAUUGAGUGGGGUGUCACAUGCUGAGCCCACGCUGUGGCUGCAGUGAUAUCAGUUCUUACAGAGAGUUUACUGGUUUGUCAUGCUUUUGAUAGCAGAUAAAGACACUGCACUAUUCUUAGGAGCUGGAACCUAAUUCUGCUCCUGUCCCCGGAUGGAUUGGAGUUCCUCUCCCUCCAUCCCAAGAUGCUCAUCACUGCCAGCCCAAGCCUACUGAUCUGGCCAUUUCCAGUCUUCCCACAAGUUCCAGGUGCUUGACCCCCUCUUGCUGGGCAGCAGCAGGCUGCUCAGGAUGAGCAUGCACUCCUGGGCAUUGCUCUGCAGCUCCUCAUCUUUGUGAGAGGUUGAAGGCUCCAGGUGCCCUCUGCCUCUGUGCUUGUGUUGGUUGGGACAGAGUUAUUUUUUUUACAGAAGUUAGUAUGAGGCUCCCAUUCUGACUCUCCCUUCCCUCCUGGGGGGCUCUGCAAGCAGCUGUGUGGUGCUUCAGUUGCGGGCUGGGGUUAAACCAUGAAAGCCUCUGAGCACCUUUGCAGGGCUCUGCACCUGCCCCACAGGGCAAAGAUUGCUAAAAGCAAACCUGCCUCAGAGUGUACCUUAGUGACCCAUUUUACUGACAGGAUAGACAGAUUGGAGGGCUGCAGGGGGGUCCCCUGGUGUUUUUUUGUUCUGAUGAGUGCUGGCAUUUAAGGUGUUUCUCAGUCUGCCUUCCGUCUGAACGUUUGCCAUUGUGUCAGGACCACUAACAGUAUUCCCUUUUCUUUUGGCUUUGAUGAGCACCUGUGCAUCUGAAACACUCCAUCUUACCAGAGUGCACAGCAUUUGGGUUGUGCUUUUUAUGUCAUUUGUUUACUGAGGUAAGCUGAAAAAUCAAUAAUGGAGGUUUAAAACUUAGCACUGACUCAGUGUUCAGAACAAAUAUUUUGCUGGCUCUAGAGCAGUGGCCUCUCCAGAGUCUGGUAGAAAAUUUUGUGUGUCUGCUUGUGUUACUGAGGAUGUGAGGGGUGAUGUUUGCUGCACUACUGUAGGAACAAUAUGAAUUAUUUAUUUGUACAUUUCACUUUUUCUAAUUAAAAAAAAAUCUGAUCCAUUAAAAA